AUGCUUCAAAAUCAAGAGGUUAAACCGGGACAAGUGGACCCCACCGGCCGCGGCGGGACCGAUUCUCCACCGUCACAGCCUCCUCUUGUCAUGAAGGAAGAGCAAGAGCCGGAGCAGAGAUCUUCGCAGGCGAUUACGGUGGCGGUGAACAAGCCGAAACGGACGUCGACGAAAGACCGGCACACGAAAGUGGAGGGGCGAGGCCGGAGGAUCCGAAUGCCCGCCACGUGCGCGGCCCGGAUCUUCCAGCUGACCCGGGAGCUGGGGCAUAAGUCCGACGGCGAGACCAUCCGGUGGCUACUGGAGCACGCCGAGCCGGCGAUAAUAGCCGCCACCGGCACCGGGACCAUCCCGGCGAUAGCCAUGUCCGUCAACGGGUCGCUCAAAAUCCCAACCACUGCGCCCGACUCCGGCGACCCGGCCAAGAAACGCAAGCGGCCCUGCAAUAGCGACUACGUGGACCUAAACGACACCGUUUCGGCUGGGCUGGCUCCUCUGACCACCACCACCCAACAACAACCGACACCACCACCGCCGCAGCCGGUUGCCCAAAGCAUGGUCCCCAUGUGGGCUGUGACAUCAAACGGCGUCGUUCCGGGGACGUUCUUCAUGGUCCCUCAAACUCAGUCCCCACACAUGUUCACAUUCCCAGCCACCGCUAACGCCCCCUCGCCUUUCCUCAACAUGUCGGCCCGGCCCAUCUCCUCCUUCGUCUCCUCCAUGGGCACCAACACUCUCUCGUUUAUCUCCCCAGCUUCAACUCCUCCUCCGGCCUCCGCCGACAUCACCCACAGCACCGUCGCGACCACCACCACCUCCCUCCGCGACAAGACGGAGCUCCAGUUCAUGUCCGGUUCGUCAAAGCAUUGA